ACGCUUUGUUCAUUGCAUUUGAAGAGCACAUGGCGCGUACGUAAAUGGAUAAUGUCCUUCGUUUAUGUGCAUGUUCUUCGAACAUCCACAAAUUAUACAUGAUUGAGUAGACCAUUUUUGGAACCAAUAUAUUCUGUAUAUUAUUUAUAUUCUUUGGAAUGCUUUGAAAACGCUGGCGUCAUGGGUAUUCAUGGAUUUUUGGAUUACGUCGAGCGGAAUUGUCAGCAAGCAUGCACGCGAGUGGACCUGGGACAACUCGCUCGAAAGCGACUAAAUAACUCUGGAAAAAGGGGGAGAGCUUUGGUAGGACAAGAUCCUUUAUUGCUUGUAAUUGAUGCCAAUAGCUGCCUUCAUCGUCUAUAUGGCGGGAGCUUCACUGACUGGGUCUGUGGGGGCCAGUGGAAUAGCAUGUUCCACUUUAUUGACAACUUGGCCAGGGCAAGCAGGAGCAACAACAUGAAACUCAUCGUCGUCUUCAAUGGGAGCCUUGAGAAAAGUCGAAUUCCCGAGUGGUUAAAACAAGAGACUCAGACCAGAAAUACCGUGGGACAAGUGUUAGGACAUGUUCAUAACAAAGGCACACCCCCUCCCAAAGCCUGGUUUACUCCUCCCGUUGCCUUAGACACAUGCAUUCGCCUGGCCCUGCACCAGUGCGGUAUCCAGACAGUCAACACCUGCAAUGACCAUGCCCAUGAGAUGAUAUCCUACCUGAGGCAGAGCGGCUACCACGGCAUCCUGGGCCAGUCGGCGGACAUGGCCAUCUUCGACCCUCCCAUGUUCUUCUCGUCUCAUCGCUUCAAGCUCUCCAUGAAGGGGGAGAUCACCACGCAGCAGUACAACAUGGAGGAGGUGGCCAAGGCACUCAACCUGCAUCCCGACAGAUUUGUCAUCUUCGCAGCACUUCUUGGCAAUCACAUCCUUCUUGAUGAGGAGUUAACACUGUUCCACUGGUCACUCCUUGGACCUGAUCAUCCUCUUAACGGUCUCAGGAUGAGAGCCCAGCAGCUUGUCCAGCCACCUCUUGAUGCCAUCUUGCCACUGGUGGCGGGCUACGUCCGCAACAUCACCAAUAUGUAUGACCUGGAUGCCAUUGGACAAGACGUAUUCCACACAUACAAGGGUUGUAUCGAUGAGAAGAUACGCCACUUCAAGGCCAGUGUGGAAUUCUACUGGAGAGGGACCAAAGAUGCUUGGAGCAGACACAGAAAAGGACCACGGUUUAACUUCCGAUCCCAGAAACCCAAUAAGGGUUCUGAUAUGCAGAGGAUUGAGAAUGCAAUGGGCAAGGUUUCCAUUGAUGACAAAGACCAAGGACAAAAAUCAGAAGACCAGGAUGAGAACUCCGGCAAUGGACCGUCCCCCCACCAGAACAUCCCAUCCCUGAUGGAGCAACCUACCCCAGCCUUCCUGCAGGCCUCGGCCCCACCCCUCCCCAUGGUACCCAGGGAGUUGAUCCGCAUCGCCAAACACAGACACGACCAGGGACAGAUGGCACCGCAAGUCCUUCAGGUUCUCACAUCCGGUGAGAUCAAGUUGAAUUCAAUCUUGGAGGACGAGCUAAGCGGGGAAUUCCCUUGUUCUGUCCAGCUGUACCGUCCCGUUCGUCAGAUGGUGUAUGGGAUCCUCUUCAGUAUCUCUCAAAUCAACGAAGAGAUGAUGCAAAAGAAUGGCUCUGGAGAUCACCAAGAUCAAGGUCCUCAGAUUUGCGUGAAGGAAUGGUGGUCGAGGCGAGACACGCCCAUCCAGAAACCUGACGUUGUCUGUGCCAUCCCGGCCAAGGACUGGGCACCACCUCCUCUCAUCAAGCUUUGGCUGGGUCGGGAACCCGAAGACAAGGAGUACCGGCUGAGAGCGUUCCUCUCGUGCCUCAGGAGUGAUAUGCCGUCCAUGAUGAAGACACCUUACGUUCCAAAGCAUGCCCUCAUCCUCUGCUGUGUGGUCAGAUACUUACUGCACUUCAGCCCUCCAUUGUUCCGUAAACAUGAACUUGAUGCGAUUCUUGCCCAGAGUGUAUCACCGAUCCUCAACAACCCUUCAGCCCUUCAAGAGCUCAAGAUACCAAACAUCACAGCCCGUGGAGUCCAGCUAGCUGCUUUGUUCAUGCGUGGUGUUGAGACGGCCAUCUUUGCCAAUGACGCGUGCGGCGCCCCCAUUCCCUGGGAUCUGUGCUGCCCGUGGCUCUAUUUCGAUGGCAAGCUGUUCCAGUAUAAGCUUCACAAGGCAAUGACGUGUGGUAGCCUCAAAGAACUCUGUGAUGGAAAGAUGGACCAAGUUGGUAAGGUAGAGCGUAUGAAGCAGGUGAUCCUUGAAGGCGUGAUGCUCAACUUCAGACAUCCUAUGAUUCCUCAGAUGGGCCCUCCUGCAGGACCUCAGUUCCCCGGUCAAGACUUCUACUACAUGAGACCGGGUGCACCCAUGCAUCCCAUGCACAUGCCUCCCAUGGGAAGAAACAAACGUUCUAUGAAUGCUCGUGGUGGUCAGUUGGAAGUUGCCGGGAUGGUGACGUCACAAUGGGCUGGUAGUGAUGGGUCAAGACCAAGAAGUGGACUGUAUAUCCCAGGGAACCUUGCCCACCCGAGAGGACCAAGACCAAACCAAAGAAUGGGUUGUGGCAAUGGAAUGGGUCCAGGAAUGCACAUGAAUGCUUAUCAAGGACAAGGCCCAAGGAUGUGGGGAUAUCAACAGCAAUCUGGAAUGGAUCAGCAGAGACGGAACAAGAAGACAAAGAGGAAACCAAAGGAAGGCAAAGAGCGUAGCGGACAAUCAGAACCGGGGCGUGGUCGCGGUGUAACCAUCGAGCAUGACGAACCCCCCGUCGGAGGAAAGAACCAACUGGACUCAGAACAGCUUGGAAACCAAGGAGGUGCGGGCAACUCCGAUUCCACUACCAGUUCACCAUCCAGCUCCGACGAGGAGGGUCUGAUGUACCAUCAGGCGCAGCAAGACAUCAGUGUUUCACCGGGUAAUCAAGGGGACUUUGGCGGUGAGUUCCACAUCGAGGCUGCUGACCUUGAAGGUCAGGGUGAUCCGGUAUCGAGCUACCACGAGGGCGGGUACGACCUCCCCUCCUCCACCUCUACCAAGCAAGGUCCAUAUAACGGUGACAGUGUGGGGCUGGAUGAUGCGCACCAGUAACCCAUCCUAUGAACUCUUUAACUGUGAUGAUGAUGACUCAAAGUCAAAAACAAGUAUUAUUCAAUCUUUUUGUAUACAAAAAUCAAACGAAAAAGCAAAAAAAAUAAAAAUUCAUGUUGUACUAACCGCGUAAAAAUUCUGAAUAGGGCUCCAAGCCAUGUACAGAGGUUUAUUAUGAAAUAAACACUUUUUUUGGACAGUAUUUGUACAGUAUUGUAUGUAGAAGGAGGUUUGAAUGAGAUUCACGCACAAGGCAGCUUGAUAGGGAUUCUUGAGUGGUGUCCAGGGCUGAUCUUCAGCUUUCCUUUCUUUCGUUUUUAUAAUUAAAUCUUUUCAAUUAUUUAUAUUCCUUUUCAACAGUGACAUGAAUGAUGUCCUGUCUGUUUAGUCUAAGCACAUCUGCACUUAUGGCAAUUCUAUCCCAACCCAAAUUUCCAGUUCAGCGAUGAGAUCGUCGUCAAACUAUCCAUACAUGGGAGUCUUACUGUUGAAAUAGGGACUUUCAGUGGGCUUUGAAAUAGAAAUGAAAAUGCUAGGCCCUCCCCCUCCUUCGUAAUUAAAUGCUUUUACGAUUGACCUGCGAGUAAGAUUAUCCACACUUUUGAUCCUUAUCAGUAAUGCUGAGAACGUGCUGUGUGAUCACCCGAUCAGAAAUCCAAUUAGAAUAACACAUUGUGAAAGGUUUUGGUGCGGCGUUUCUCCAAUUCAAUGUUCCUUCUUGAUUUGACGUACGAUUGUACUACUCAACACUUUUUUUUUGUAGAAAGUAAUUACAGUGAAUGUAUGUCUUUGAUUGGUCUUGUUGACAAAUGUGUAUUGUUGUUCAUAUCCCCAUUUAUGCAUUGCUUGUGAGAACAAGAUUCAAACUUUGAAACUGACAUGUGGAAUUUUGUGUACACCCCUCCAUCUCACCCCCCCCCCCCCCCCCCUUGAACAGCACACCUUUAUUUCUAAUGUGUGCUGAUGUAUGAAAAUGGUGACUGCCUUUUUAUUAUUACACCCCCCCCCCCCUUCCCUCUAAACUCUAGUCAGCAUGACGCUAGUUCUGGUACCAGUUCAAUUGAUUUAACACUGAAGCUAAAUAGUACAAAAUAUUUUUUUGCCACGAUAGGAUAUGCUUAUGUUAAAGAACCUAUUUAUUUUUUUGUUUGCAGCAUGUACAAACCAGCAUUGUUUUUUUUUAAAUAAACGUGUCUAAUGUUGUACAGGACAGUUUUCUCUGAUAUAAUUUGAGCCGACAUACAUGUUUGAGAAUCAUUAUCUUUCUUUGUCUGUUAAAUGAUGUUGAUUUAAGAGAAGAUAUGGUAUAUUGUAAUGUUUUUUAAAGUUGACAAUUGAUUGCUUUUUUUUAAUGAGAGGACAGGACAGUGUUGAAAUUAUAACCAUAAAUUGUCCCACUGCCGGUAUAUUUUCUGAUUACUAAUCGAUAUCAUUGAGCUGUAAAACCAUUCUACUUUUAACACAUUUUCCUUUAAGAUGAAGAACACUUAACGUAAUCAUUAUGUUGAUAAAGUAAGCACUCUAUAAUUCCAUGUUGUCUAUAUGAAGACAGUAUCUUUUGAAUACUGUUAUUUACACAACAAUGUAUAAUCCAAUCCAAAUCGGUUUUCAAAUGAACAUAGGUAUUGUGCUACGAGUGAUCAUUUUAUAGAAACAUCUGUUCUUUCAUUUGAAUAUCUGUUGUAAUAAAUAUUUUGAUAUUGUAUGGAUCUGCCCAAUUUUGUAAGAGUCCAUACUUGAUUGAUUGUAGAAUUGUUUUAAGAAAUGUUAGCUUAGUACAUUGCAUUUAUGAAUGGCUGGUUAAACGAUGAAUAAAUUAUAUGGAAUACUUGUGAUAAGGUAACUUGAUAAACUGAAUAAUUAUUGUAAGUUUAAACUUAUAUUGACUAGUUAAUUUACUGAAGUCAUUUAUCUUGGUAUGUUUAAAUGAUUUAUCUUAUAAAUACACUGUACUGUGGAUAUAAGAAAUUAUCGUAAAAAUGCGUAGACAAUUCUUAAAGGUUUAUUAUAAGCUUAACUGAUCAGUAGUGAUUGUCUUAUGGUAGGUAUGUUGUCCAAAUUAUGUGAAAACCACAAGGAAAGGCUUCAAAAUUCAAUUUCAUUUUUGUAUGCUUUACCAAACCAUUGUCAUGAUGGACAGGAGAGAUUAAAAAACAUUGUUUUGAUUCUAUGAUUAUACUUUGAGCUUUGACGAGAGGCCGAAUCCAAUUCUUGUUGGUUAAAUUUUUUUUAUUUUUUAAUUUGUUAAAGAUUUUGAUUAAAAUCUACACAUCUACUCAUUACCAUCUUUAUUAAAGAAUUCAGUAUGAAAUGUAUAGGUGGCCUUCCCUUUGAGGAAACAUUGAUAUAAAGGAGCAUUCUCCUAAAUUGAUACAUAUACUCUUGUUUGUGCGUAGUAGUGGUUACGUGGUCCUGCUAUUAUGCAUAUUAAUAUUAUGUAGUCUGUCCCUGCACAAGGGAAGAGCAGAAUAACAGUUCCGGUGAAGCAAUUUACAAAUAUUUGCAGGUGGUAAUCAGAGGAACUGAUGCCAAGGCAUACAAUUCACCACCGUCAAAUUGAGAUAAUAGUUUGAAAAUCGAGGUUGGCUCUUGUAUGGCGGCGGUUUUGCUGUUGCCGAGAGAGUUACAGGCUCAUCUCGAUGAACGUACACCCAUGUUUUGGGUCGUUUCGGAAAAGCGGCACCUUUACCCAGAUCACGAAUGAUCCAUUUCAUGGUGCGGUAUUCUGAAACCUUGGCCUUGAAUCCGACCCAGGAGUUUGUGGAUGGAGGCUUGGCAUACAAGAGUCAUUCCCAUGAACACCCAUUAUCAUCAUUAUCUCUCCCACACUCUACUUAAAGGCUGAAGAGACAGAGAGAUAGAUAUUUAUUGAGCCAGAAUUCUGGCUUUGGGGGAAAAAAUAUCACAAAAUCAGACAAUAGAGAGAAGCCCGUAGCUUCUCACCCAGUUACAAACUGGAAACCAAGUUGAACCAAUCAUAUCCUACCUCAACAGCGGUAGGACGCAUUGACCACGCCCAUUUAAUGUGGCUGUAUGAAGGAAGUGCCCUCAUUGGUCAUUGCUCUAUAACUUUUGUAAAUCCGUGGAUGAAAUUCUGUGACACCUUUUUCUUUUUAUGUAUAUGUCU